CUCUGCUCGCCUCUCUUCUUCAGCCUCGCCUGCUUGUCAGAUCGGUGCUCUUGUGUUGGAGGCUAGGCUACCCUCCACCCGGACCCCGUACCAGAGCCAGCAGCACCCCCCUCCCCAAAAGGCUCAGGCUCUCCUCUCCGCCGCUCCAGCCAUGGCCACUACCGCUACGUCCACCCGAUUCACCGACGAGUACCAACUGUACGAGGAGCUCGGGAAGGGAGCUUUUUCUGUGGUGCGUCGAUGUGUGAAGAAGUCAUCAGGUCAAGAGUACGCUGCAAAAAUAAUCAACACUAAGAAGCUCUCUGCAAGAGACCAUCAGAAGCUUGAGCGAGAAGCCCGAAUCUGCCGUCUCUUGAAGCAUCCCAACAUCGUGAGACUUCAUGACAGCAUUUCAGAAGAGGGAUUUCAUUACCUAGUCUUUGACCUUGUUACAGGAGGAGAGCUUUUUGAAGAUAUUGUAGCAAGGGAGUACUACAGUGAAGCAGAUGCCAGCCACUGCAUUAGUCAGAUCUUGGAGAGUGUCAAUCAUAUCCACCAGCAUGAUAUUGUGCACAGAGACCUCAAGCCCGAGAACCUGUUGUUGGCUAGUAAGAUGAAGGGUGCUGCAGUGAAGCUGGCUGAUUUCGGUCUUGCUAUUGAGGUUCAGGGUGACCAGCAAGCUUGGUUUGGGUUUGCGGGUACUCCUGGUUAUCUCUCGCCUGAAGUCUUAAGGAAGGACCCGUAUGGGAAGCCAGUAGACAUUUGGGCGUGUGGUGUUAUUCUCUAUAUAUUGUUAGUUGGAUACCCACCAUUCUGGGAUGAAGAUCAGCACAAACUCUAUCAGCAGAUCAAAGCUGGGGCGUACGAUUUUCCUUCUCCAGAGUGGGAUACAGUUACGCCAGAGGCAAAGAACCUGAUUAACCAGAUGUUGACCAUCAACCCAGCCAAGAGAAUCACAGCAGAACAGGCCCUCAAACACCCAUGGGUCUGCCACCGUUCCACUGUGGCAUCAAUGAUGCACAGACAGGAAACUGUGGAGUGUCUCCGCAAAUUCAAUGCUCGCCGAAAACUCAAGGGAGCCAUCCUCACCACCAUGUUGGUGUCCAGAAACUUCUCAGUGGGCCGGCAGCAUACCAACUCUGCUGCUGCCGCCUCCUCCACGGCCUCACUGGCUCAGGAAGCAUGCAAAAGUUUACUCAACAAGAAGUCAGAUUCUGCAAAGCCUUCUACCAACAACAGUAAGAACAGUAUAGUGAGCGCCAUCAAUGCCCUGAAAGACACCAACAUGGCAGCCAACGCCCAGAUGGAAUCUCAGAGCACAGUGGUACACAACCCACCAGAUGGAGUCAAGGGCUCAACAGAGAGCAAUGCCACCAAUGACGAGGAGGAAAUGAAAGGUAAGAAAGCGGAGAGUUCAGCGCUGAGUCAGAGCAGCGCCACAGAAGAGAUGCCCCCACUUCUUCCCUCACCUCAGAGUUCACCUGCCAUUCCACCGCAUGACGCAAAGCGCAUGGCAUGGAACAGCACGGGCAACAGCUCCUGCCCCGACUCUGAUCUCUCACAGUCGCCCGUCCUUGCUGCUCCACUAGGGGGCAACACUGUCGCUGCUAACGGCAACACUAAGCCCACCCGUAAACAGGAGAUUAUCAAGAUAACGGAGCAGCUGAUCGAAGCCAUCAACAACGGAGACUUUGAAGCUUACACACGGAUUUGCGAUCCUGGACUCACCUCUUUCGAGCCGGAGGCUCUGGGGAACCUUGUGGAGGGCAUGGACUUCCACAAGUUCUACUUUGAGAACUUGUUGAGCAAGAACAACAAGCCAGUGCACACCACCCUGCUAAACCCUCACGUGCAUCUGAUCGGCGAGGACGCGGCGUGCAUCGCCUACAUCCGCCUCACGCAGUUCGUGGACUCCACAGGCCGCCCACGCUCCAGCCAGUCCGAGGAGACCAGAGUUUGGCACCGCCGCGAUGGAAAGUGGCUUAACGUUCACUUCCACUGCUCAGGAGCGCCGGCUGCACCACUCCAGUGAUCAGUGGUCCAGAGCCUCCAGUCUACUGGAGUGUCUGUUUUGGGGGGCAGUUUUAUUUUCAGCAAGCGUGUUUGAGGAGGUGCGUCCUCCGCGUGGAUUGGAUGGUGCCGAGAGCCCGGCCGGGUGUGAUCGCAUCCCUCUCCACCGUAUCAACCAAUCCUCCUUUGACCUGCUGGGGUCGGCUGAACUCAAGACUCCGCCCCCCCUCCCUCCGUGGGAUGAUGCAUGCAUCUGGCGCCUGACCAGAGGGCCCGUCUUUGCCCUCUAGCCCCUCCCCCCGGCAGCCAUCUUCUUUCUGCCCACGCGAGAUGAGACGUCCCGGGGGAGGCGAGAAUUGUGACAGUUUCAGUUAUGAAUAUACCGUGUAAAUUAUGACUAGAUGUUCCAGAAACCACCGAAACCCAACCAAGCUUUUCUAUUUAGCGCAAGGGAGUUGAUAUCGGAGACGCAUUUCGGCAUUCUUGGUUUGACCGGGUAGUUUCUGCUCCCGGAUGUUGAGAUUUUCCCCUUGAGGGGUGGAGAGACAGUCGAGUCGGAGAGAGAGAGACUUGAGAUUGAAAACAUGAAGCACCAAAGUGUAGAACUUUAGGCUUUAUAUGUGUUUUCUUUGUUUGUGUUCUCUGAGACAAUGGUGACGUAUGAGGUCUUUUACUUUCGUUUGCUCCUCCGGUGUGUGUUUUAGCGUCCUGUUCCCCUUUGUGUUCCUGUGAAGAGCCUCUUUGUUUUCGUCUGGACGUUUUUAAAGGUUUUUAUUUGAAAGAGGGAUUUUAAAUGUGCAAGUUUCAAUGUGCAAGCUACACGCGCGUCCUGUUGUGUCCGAACGUGCGGGCAAAGCGUCUGCAUUCUGCAUGUUUGCCCGCAGCCUCACCCCCGUAUGACCUUUGACUCCAUCCCGUUUUUACCUCUCCAGAUGUGCUGCGCCUGUUUGUGCCCGCCGCCAGUCUGCGAUGUUCAUGAUCACUGGGUCGGCGCCGUGUUUGUAUAGACCAGUGUAGAGAAGUGUAUUAUAUGUACAUCAGAGACGCUCCUGAGUCAGACUUCUCCCGCCCUCUGCUCCUCGAACCGACAGAGUUUGGACCGCAGGAGUGACAACUUUAUCCGUACCUGCGUUAAGACGAAGCUGCGAAUGCUUUCUUCAUAUCGCACAUACGCCUGCUGGUGUUUUUGGCUUUGUAACAUAUCUGCGCCACCACGACGCCCUCCCCAGCCCCCGCCUCCUCUGUUCCCAUGAGCUUUAGUGGUGUUUCUUUGUACCUCUCUGUCGUUCCCGUGUUCCUUGUUUGAGUUAUUCUGUCGUGUGGAUUUGGCCAAGCUGGAGUUCUGCACUCUUCCUCUCACACUAAAAAAAAAAAGGGAAAAAAUAUUAAGGGAGGCCAGAAGGAGACGACACACAAAACCUGAUUGAAUGAACUAAAUUAUUUAUAAAUGUAAUCUACCCUUGGUGGUUUUUAAACUUGUGCCUGCGCAGCUUUUUGGGACAAGCGAGUGUGUGCAGGUGUGUGCGCGCGUGACGAACGAGAGAAAUAGUUAUAUGCAUGUUUCAGUUACACAUUUCUACCAUGUACCUACCUGAAUGAGGAUGGAGCUCGUGUUAAUAUAUGAUAUUUGCAUCUUUUGAAACAAAGAAUUUCCUCCAUCUCGAAUGUUUAAUAGGUGACAUGAUAAAAAGUUUAAAAAAAUAAAUAAAUAAGCAAUUUUUUGUUUUCUAAAGGAUCAGGAGCCGUAGCUUGGUAUGAGGCCCUCGAUUUUUAGCUUUUUCUUUUCCCUGCGUUGUAAUGAUAUAAUAUUGGGCUGCGCUUCCUCCCCCAGCCGUCACAUGGAUGCUGGAGUUAUUUUUUGUUUUAUUUUGGGUUUUUUUCUUUCUUUUUUUUGCAUGAUCAUGAUGUAAAAUGGAAUACAACCAUGAAUUGACGACUAUCAAGUGUUUGUCUGAGUGUUAGUUGGUCUUCAUCAUAGCUUUGUUAUUCUUCAAAAACUUGGAUCUUGAAAGUAUUUAAUAAAAAUACUAUUUCAGCACUG